CGCGUUGGUUGAUGGGAACGGGGCGCUGCUUGGCGGUUAGAUUGAAUUCGUAAACAGAACGGCAGCGCUGUGAAUUUAGAGCUGAAAAUACCCGAUAAACCGCAAAAACCCGCAAAUUAACCGCGUAGAAAAUGAGUAGCGGGCUGUAGCACUUUUUGUAGGUAUGCGGGGCGGCUGUGGGGAUCGGUAAACAGGAUGAACGGCAGAAAGAAAGCGGGGGAUGUGAGUUUGAGUCCCGAGCAUAGAGAUUUCAGCAGAGCCGCCCAGAGCAAACCUAAAAUAAACAGACUGAGGAGAAGCCCGAGACCCAGCCAGCCUCAGCCGCGCUCCCAGGAGCUCCUAAACACUGUACCUGUACCAGAUUUUAAAACCCCCACCCGUCUGCCGAAGGGCCGAUUCAGGAGCGUGAAAACUGAGGAGUCUCCAAACAAUGAUGCAGAAUUUCAGCAUGACAUCAUCUGGGAUCCGAACUCUCCAGCCACGCCCAGUAGAAACGGACGUGGGAGGAGGAAAGCUGCAAAUAUUAAAUUGGCGGACAUUUCAGAAAUCGUCAACCGGAUAGCCCCCAAGAGCAGGAGACCUGAAGAGGCUGAAGCGUCUUUGCUGCAGUGGAUUGGAGACAGCGCCAUUCCUUGUACGCCAGAAAUUCGAGAACCCAAACCCAAGCCCAAAUCAACCAGGCCGAACGUGGUGGACGACCUGCUGAAGCUGGCGCAGCAGUUCGACUUUAACAUGAUCCGGCAGGACGAGGCCAAACAGCAGAGCUCUGAGCAAGCGAUGGACGAGGACCAGGAUCUGUUUUACGAUGAGGGACACCCACCAAGUCCACCACAGAACGAACCUGAGGCUGAGAGAGCGUUGCAGGGGGCAGAGCAGGAGGAGAUACCAGGUGAAGAAGGUGAAGAAGAUCCUAUGGAUGAUGAUGAUGCUCUUGUGCGGGCUAUGGAUGAUGACCUGGACUUGCUGUUCGAUGGCUCUACACAGAAGAUCAGUGGACGUUUGAGUCAGGGUUUGAGCGGUUGGACGCAGGACGUGGCUAAAAGCACUCAAAGUGCGGCUGUGAAUGGAAACGGCAGGGUUGGGAUGGGUGAUGCCAUUGUUGGAGGUCCUACUAAUGCAACAUUUUCCAGCAGUAACAGCAGGCGACACUCUGGGCUUUCUACUGCUGGAGUUGCUGAUGCUCCCAAGCCAGAUAUUUCGAGUUUGGGCAAUGCCAAUGAUUUUCAGGACGAUGACUGGAGCAACGAUGAUCUUCUCGAAGAUUCUUUGGUGUUCGAGAUGACCCAAAAUCCACAACUUUUCUCCGCACCUCAACACAGCUCCACGCAAAAACUGGGGUGGACGACAAACAAGACUGAAGUCGUCGUUUCCACCAAUCGCGCCAAGGACACUGGUAGUACCAACAGUGAAACACUGGUUUCCCAUCAGAAACCAAUCUCUGAAGUUACAAAUGGUGCAUCGCAAGGACCAAACCAGAAGAUCAAAGGCAGACAGACCUUUCAGAUGGACUCGAAUCCAGUUGGUCACCAUUGGGACCAUCAAGCUCAAGGAACUUUGCCUAGUAACAGGAACGUACCUUCAAAGAACAAUCAACAAAGGCAGCAGCAGCAGCAAGUUCUUGGCUCCAGUAAAGCUCCAUCAUUGGUUCCACUUCUAAACAAUGUGAAUUCAGAUCAGUGGCCCAAACCACAAGUACCUGACAAAGUGCAGAAACCAUCAGUAAGUUCAUCAAUGGUUUCAAACACUAGCUUGAGGACUUAUAGCUACACCAAGGUGACUGAGGUCACUUCUAAAGUCGUUGAGCCGAAUCAAAACCAACCAACCGCAGAUGAUCAUGGCUUGAGCGACAUCGCCGUCGAAGACCUGGAUUCCAUAUUUGCGUCAGACGACAUCUGGGACGAUGGCGCGGACGAUGACGACCUGUUUUGCGAGGCGUGCGAAGACGUGGACGAAUUCACAUCCACAUCCAAACCAGUUCCAACAGAUCCAACAUCUGUUGCAAAGCCACCAGCGACAAAGAACAGUAGCAUUCAGAGUAGGACAUUUGGUUUUGGUUCGUCCUUGGACAAGGUUCAAAACACUACUGCUAAUAUGUCGCCGAAGCUGGAUAACGUGUUUGUACAGCCAGGUCCACUUAAUAAGUGGGUUAACAGCAGUAGCAAUAGCAUUAGCAUUAGCAACAGCAGUAGAAAUGCUGCUAUUUUUAGCACACAAGCCCCACUUCCUACGCAGAACAGCCAGAACUCAUCUGGUUCUUCCAGUAAAGGACAGUAUAAGUUCACCCACAUUAAAAGCAGCACUUCAGGAUCUGGGAGAGGCGUCAGUAAUGGUGGACCACAGCAGCAGGCUGAAGCGAGAGCUCCUCCAGCUUCUUCCAAUCAGCUGGCAGAAAGGAUUACAGAUAACCACCGGUUUAAGAAGCCGAACAGCACCUUCAGCAGCAGUACACCGGCUGUCCCUAAAGGUCCAGAUGUCAGCAUGUCUGUGGUGAGUAAGUGCAGUGAUGCUGAGAUCGAGAGGAAGAGGCAGCAGGCCAUGGAGAGGCGGCGGCUUCGCAUCACGGCCAGUCAGAACCUCCGAGCUCCCGUAUGACAUCACAUCACAUCACCUGGGAAACGCACAACAAACUGGUGAUUUACGGCUCGUGAAGCGUGGAGCUGACCUGAAGCUUGAGUUCUGCUGAAUACAGAGAUUAAAAGGUUACAUCUGGACCUGAGCAGCUGCUUAUCACCAACAUCUGACAAGUCUUCACCUGAAUCCUCAGCCUCACACUGAGGAGAAUCAAGCAAUAUCUGAACAUCUGUCCGUGCUGGAGCCUCGCUCUGUAGUUCUGCGUUAUGGUUUCUUUUUUUUAAUGUUUAUGUGAAAUUCUCUGAAUUUUGCUUGUUUUUUUCUGUUUUUAUUUAAUUUUGUUAAAUAAUUGUCGUCCAGAAUUCAGUUUUUGUUCGUCUACAUGUAUUUUCUUGUCUGUAAAUAUGCUGAAAUAAUAAAUCAAUGUUUUCAUUGCA